AAAACAGUCAUUUUCAGGGCUACCGGCUGGGCUUGGCAUUUUGUUGCCGGGCUUUGAAAGGCCCGGCCCGAAACCCGGCCCUGCCCGGCCAAUGCCCUGGUGUAUCGCUGAAUAUGUUCCUCAUCGACAGCCACUGUCUCUGGCUCCAAACCCCACCGCCUACGGCCACGGUACACUAUCGCUUUUGCUUGUGCGGCGUCGCGCCGCGCUGGGCAGAAAUACCAGGCGAGCGACUUAGCUAGGAGGCGGAGGCUCAAGAGACCAAGAAGCUGGCGGCGAGCAAUUGGUGGGAGCGCGCCGAUGAGAGCGCCAUGGCCAGGAUGGACCCUGGCGCCGGCGAGCCCCGGGGCGCGUCGCACUACCUCGACCUCCUCCUCGCGCAGCAGCAGCAGACGACGCCGUUCUCCCCCAGCGCGCAUGUCAAGGCGGAGCAGCAUUCCAUGGCGUCGCCGGACAGAAGCACCGGUGCCGAGCAACGCGGGGGCGGCGGCGACCCGCAGCAGCCCGCCUCAACGGCCAUGGUGCUGGCGGAUGGCGGCGAGGGACCCGCGCGGCCGAUGAGGCGCCCGCGAGGGAGGCCGCGGGGGUCCAAGAACAAGCCCAAGCCGCCCAUCAUCGUGACGCGGGACAGCCCCAACGCGUUCCAUUCCCACAUCCUCGAGGUCGCCGACGGCGCCGACGUCGUCCAGUGCCUCGCCGAGUACGCGCGCCGCCGCGGGCGCGGCGUCUGCGUGCUCAGCGGCGCCGGGGUCGUCGCCGACGUCUCGCUUCGUCAGCCCGGCGCGUCGUCGGCCGGCGGCCUCGUCGCCACCCUGCAGGGGCAGUUCGAGAUCCUGUCGCUCUCUGGUACGGUGCUGCCGCCGCCUGCACCCCCGGGCGCCAGCAGCCUCGCCGUGUACCUCGCCGGCUGGCAGGGGCAGGUCGUCGGCGGCAGCGUGGUCGGCCAGCUCGUCGCCGCGGGGCCGGUGUUCCUCAUGGCCGCGUCGUUCGCCAAUGCCGUCUACGAGCGCCUGCCGCUGGAGGGGGAGGCAGAGGAGGCCGGCACGGCCACCGCAGCCACAGAGGCGCAGGGAGGAGGCGCCGCAGCGCAGUCACCUUGCACUUUACCGCAGCAGCCUGCGGCGUCGCAGUCUUCGGAGGUGACCGGAGGCGAGGCCGGUGGGCUUGGCGCGCCGUUGUGCAAUCUUGAAGGGAAUGCUGGGAGCUACCAGUUGCCCGGACCCGGAGACAACUUGGGGAGCUGGAGCGGCGUCAGGCCAUGAUUGCUUGGGCUGUCUUCAAGCAAGGUCGAUCUCAGUAAUGGCGUCGCAUCAGAAUUACUGUAGGAGAUCUGAAGAAACUGCGACCGAUCAUUGUGGGAAAGCAUGUUGUCUGCGGUACGUGUUGGAAGCCCGAUUUGUGGAGUACGCAAUGCAUGUAAUGUAAUAUUAUCGGUGAACACAUUUUGUGGACUAGUUUAGGCUCCAGUAUCAGUGUCGCAAGAAAUAUUUUGGAUCGUGCAACAAGAGCCCGGAAGAGAGUAGAUGUCCGGUGACGGUGAACCGGUGUUUGGUGGUUCAAUCCUGUACUAAUAUUUUGUACUCCUGAUCAGAUCAACAUUUCGAACCCAACCUUACCCUA